CUCGUCUCAUUUCUCGUUGGUUCUCUUGCGGGUUCGUACGUUCGUACGCGUACCGGGUGCUAGCUAGCUAGGUGUUUCUGAUUGGGUUCCCAUCCCGUACGCGUAUUUGCUUCCUGGUGCUUUCGUUCCGUGCGUGCUAGCCUGCUCGGUGAGCCCGAAGAAAAUUCCAUCGGUGAUCCCUGGAAUGGAUUAGGCUGCGUUCGUUCAUCUCUCGGUGUCGAGGACUCGACUCGAUCAAGGGAAUUCGAUUCUUCAAUAACCGGUAUCUCGCCCCCGGUAUAGACGUGCGUAUGUGCGUGUGUAGAAGGAAUGAAGAAAAAUCAGUGCCUCCUUGAUUGGGAUACGUGCUGAUCGAGGUCUCUGGAAGGUGUCUGUGCGAUGUUUUGAUUACUCGUGAACCUGAAUCCCCACAAGCAGCAAAGCCUGUGAUUGCACUCAUCAUAAUCAACACAGCGGCAACAACAACAACAACGACAAACAAGAAAGUAAUCAAAGCGCAAAGUAAGCAAUCCAAGUAACCUCAAUGUUACGUCGGAGCAAAGACGCGACGGUAGAAAACUGUGAAAGAGAGUGUUUUGGAUAAGAUACCUGAUGCUGAUGUCUGGUGUAGCUAAGAAAGCCGCCGCCGCCUUAGAUUGCGUACUGUAUCACCGAUUUUUUUUAUUCGUUGCGUUCCUCAAUUACAGACAUACAGAGUUCGGGGGUCUCUCUCUCUAUCUUUAAGGCAGUGUUUUUUCGGGGUACAAAGAAAAUUGUUCAAUUGUCGAGUGAAAAAAGUGGAAUUUUGAAAGUUUUCUCGACUUCCCCGCUGCGACCGAAAUAACUGGGUUGUUCUCUUUUUUUGCUGCUGCAGCGUCUUUUUACCAUGUUGUCACACCAAAGCUGCGGAGAAAAUUGCGUGAUUUAGUGGAAGAUUUGUUUCUGCCCGUUUUUUUCGGUUGCUGAUGUUGUUGUGGUUCAUCACAACGUCACGUCGUGUUCGUCGUUAAUAAAGCAAUUGGAAGCGUCUUCAACGAGCAGCUGAUCCACACCCCCACGAUACCAGAUGAUCGAAUUGUUGGUGCUAAAAACAAGCACAACUCAACUUAACUGAAUGCUGUUGUGUUAGAUAAGAAGAUUUUCCCAGGCUCCGUCGAGUGGAUGUUAGUUAGCAACAGCCGGAAUGCCGAACUGCAGCUCUAUCGCCGUUGAUUGCAUUCAUUUGCGAGUGCUGCGUUCCUGAUUAUGCAUUGAUUGCUUUUUUCUCCGCAAAAUCAUCUUAAGUUAUCUCUUGCACAUGGAUGGCAGAAUGUCUUUUUCAACAUCCGUUGAUUGCGUUGAAAGGAUUUAUCUCCACCUUUAAGUCAGAUCAUCACGGAUUCUCACGCCCCGCCCCCUUUAUUGCUGGUUGAUCCGUGGAACAGAAACAAAUGUGACCCUCUGCGAUACCAUUAGAAACCAAUUUGCAACAAAACUAACUGAAAGACAAUGUCCAGUAGCUCGAGUGGUCCGCCCAUGAGCUCAGGAGGAGGAGCAGGAGUUCGUCAUCACCACACGAUACCCGGAACAACGAUGAAUGUGGUGGCCGUCGCUGAACUGGGCAGUCCCUAUGCUGCUCCAGGAAGUUCGGAAGUUCACAUUAAUAAUGUUAAUAAUAGUGGUGGUGUUUCAAGUGGAAGUGCUCUUCAUAUUAGUGGUGGCAAUAGUAGUGCUAGUGGUUUGUCCGGAGGCUGCGGGGGAACUCCGCCCUCCCGGAGCAACGUAAUUUCCAGUCCGAUUCAACAGAUGAGCACCGGAGUUCCUGGUCCUUCUUCGAAGGGUUUGCUGAAUGCGCCGGGCCAGAACAAUUGCUUCCUGAAUUGUGCCGUACAGGUCCUCUGGCACCUGGACGCCUUUCGAAGAUCGUUCCGGCAGCUCCAGAACCAUGUCUGCGGUGGGCCUGACUGUAUAUUCUGCGCCCUCAAGGAACUCUUCUCGCAGCUGCAGACCAGUUCGGAGCCGGCCCUAUGUCCGGAACCGCUGCGCCGAGCCCUGGCCAGUGGCCCUCUAGCGGGGCGUCGCUUCCCUCUGGGAUGCCUCGGCGACGCAGCCGAAUGUUUCGAGCUGCUCCUGCACCGGGUUCAUCAACAUCUAUCCCCGACGGAAGGUGACAGCUGCGACGCUCCCCAAUGCAUCGCCCAUCAACGGUUCGCUAUGCGCGUCGUCGAACAGAGCGUGUGCGAGUGCGGUGCCAACUCGGAACAGUUACCCUUUACCCAGAUGGUGCACUAUGUGUCGGCCUCGGCCCUAACCUCGCAGAGCAAUCUUUCGGCCCAGAACCAGCAGAACAUCACGUUCGGUCAGCUGUUGCGCAACGCUGGCAACAUGGGCGACAUUCGGGAUUGUCCGAACGCCUGCGGUGCAAAGAUCGGCAUUCGGCGAGCCCUGCUCAACCGACCAGACGUAGUCUCGAUCGGUGUUGUGUGGGACUCGGAACGACCGGCAGCUGAUCAGGUGCACUCGGUUUUGAAGGCGGUCGGAACGUCGCUUCGAUUGUGUGACGUGUUCCACCAGGUUAGCGAUCAACGCUGGGCUCAAACGGUGAGCCACGAGCUGGUCGGAGUAGUGUCCUACUACGGAAAGCACUACACGACCUUCUUUUUCCACACCAAACUUCGCGUUUGGGUGUACUUCGACGAUGCCAACGUCAAGGAAGUUGGCCCCAACUGGGAAGGAGUAGUCGACAAAUGUUCCCGAGGUCGUUAUCAGCCUUUGCUGUUGCUGUACGCCUUGCCUCAACCGCAACCGCAGCCUCAACAAGUAACCCCUCAAGAGCUGGCUGCAAUGCAGCAGGCUCAACAUCGACGAGCCGUUACACCAAGUCCGGAAAAGGCCCCGAUGGGCUCCCAAAACCGUCGAGCUAUCACUCCGACUCCAAACCGUGCCGUCUGCGACUACCAGAACCUAAACGUCAUCCAAGCCAAGAUUUUCCCCAACGAAGAAAAGGAAAACUACAUCAGCCGGAAGGCCGUCCAAAAUGUACUGAACGCCCAACAGUACCAGAACCUAUCCGUCAUCCAGGACAAAAUCUUCGCCCAUCAACAGCAGCAACCUCCGCAAGAGUCCGACAAAGAUCACGGGGGCUACAUCUCCAAGAACGCCCUCAACGCACAAAUGCGUCAAAAGCCACCGAUGAACCUUCACCGUAGUCUCAGCGCUGAGUCCGGUCAAGUUUCACCUCCUACUUCUUCAACCUCCUCCCCGGACGGUCUCUCGAUCCCCGAUCACCUCAACCAACCUCGUCGAAGGGACUCCGGCAACUGGAGCGGUGAUCGCAACUCGGCCUCCUCUUCCUCCUCCACAACCCUCGAUAAUCCCUACCUCUAUCUGGUAGGCAAACGAAACGGAAGUGUCCCCGCGAGUCCAACCCGACAGGGUCAAUUCUACGACGCCGGAUACGAUUCGUACUCCCUGUCGUCAACGGACUCUUUCCCUCCCAAACACCCGGUCAACCCGGCCAACAACAUGCACCUGGCCAAGAUCCCAGAAUCGGUAGUCCUCAGCGGAGACUGCGAAAAGCUCUGCAUGGAAGCCGAUCAACUGCUCGAAAAAUCCAGAAUCCUUGAGGAAGCUCACGACCUCGAAACCGCUCUGGUUCUGUGCAACGCCGCAGCCGGAAAGGCACGCGCAGCCAUGGACGCUCCCUACAGCAACCCGCACACGAUGACCUUCGCCCGGAUGAAGCACAACACCUGCGUGAUGCGGGCUCGAUCCCUGCACCGCAGAAUCCUUAUCGAAAAGGGUGGCGAGAUCGUCAAGGAACAGCAGCACCACCAACAACAGCAAAUCGCCUACAACCUGGCCGGGAUCGGCACCGGUGGAAUCGGCCACCGGAGGCAGAACAGCAAGGAGAAGCUGCUGAGCAAUGGUCGCCAGAAUAGUAAGGAGAUGCUACACGGUGAUACUAAUUCUUUGACCAGGAACUCACCUUCCAAGAGUAUCGAGAUCUAUGCAACCCUACCCAAGAAAAAGGUUUCCCUCAAACUGAUCGAGGCGGAGAACAUCGAAGAAGCGAGCACCAUGGGCACUGUUGAUGUAAAGCCGGAGCGGGAGAGUCGGUCCCUAUUUGGGCGCAGCAAAGACUCCAAGGAUAAGCGCAGCCGCAGCGAGGAUCGCAACAAGAUCAAUCGAGAUUUCGCCCUUGGUGAUCCGGCUCUGGUAAACGCCAAGGAUACGCUUAAGAAGCACAAGGAGGAGAAGGACGCCGACAAGAAGGACAAGGACGCCAAGAGUGGCAAGAAGCAGCACAAAAUCCGACGGAAGCUGUUGAUGGGCGGAUUGAUUCGAAGAAAGAACCGAUCGAUGCCGGAUCUGACUGAAGGCGCUGGUGCUGCCGAUGAUCAGGCCGGAUCGAGUUCCCCCGUUAAGCAGAUCGUUUCAAUCGAUGACAGUACCGUUGGACUUGGGCUGGCUAAGGACGCUACCAAUAGUGGGUACCUUUCCGAGGGACACUUUGAUUACCAGGUCUCAAACACCAACCCGAAUUUAGAGCGCAGCAAGCUGAUGCGGAAGAGCUUCCACGGAAGUGGCAAGACUUUGUCGAUCACAAAGGUGCCUCCACCCCCACCAGUAAGAAUCGGAUCUUCGCUAACCGGUCCACAACCGCCACAACAACCCCCGCAGCAGCAACAGCAACAGCAGCCGCAAAUGCUGCAAGUACAAAAACUCCCACUGAACGGUGCCAAUCUGCGACAGCUGGAGUUCCAGGAGAGUCACCCGAUGCCGACAUCACCCUUGGAACCAUACCACAAGGCCAACCUAUCGAACCUCUCCACCAUGAGCAGCAACACCAGCAUGAGCGAGGACUCGUGCCAAACCAUCAUCACGACCUGCGCCGUCGUCCAUCAGGAACAAUCCCCGAUGAAGCCGCAAGAUCAACUACCCUACCCGCUCCCUCCACCAUCAUCAACUUCAGCAGUCGAUGAAGUUGACACGAUUGUCAAAUAUAGCAACAGUAAUAACCCAACUAGUGGCGCUCCUUCCAACAACGGUCUCCUGGAGCUGCCCCCAUACCCGAGUCCUCCCUCGACGACGUGCCAUUCGCGACAAGCCAGCGAAGACUUCCCGCCACCUCCACCGGCGAUCGACUUUGAACCACUUAACGAGCAGUUAAGUGAGAUCCAAAGCCUGCAACAGCACCACGGCGUAAAGUCCGCGAUGAUGUCGCAAUCGCAACCGGUCCAGAACACGACCAGCAUCCUGGCCCAGCUGCAGGCCAAACAGCACCAGCUGAUGAUGAUGAACAAGCUGCGCGAACAGCAGCAGCAGCAACAACAUAACUUGAACAAUCCAAUCAGCGCUAGUGAGAUACUGAACGAAACCAGUCGGUCCGAGAUCUGGUUGAAGGAACUCCAAGCAAAGCAGGUCGCGUUGAAGCAGCAGCAACAGAGUCAACCGCAGCAGCAGUUGCAGCAACAGCAACAACAACAGUCUGGUUCCGAUGUACGAAGCGUUCGGGAUUUGGCUUCCCGAUUCGAGCAAAUUAAGAUGAUGCCUAUGCAGCAGCAGCAGCAACAACAACCGCAACAGAAUCCAUCUCCUCAACCUGCCACCUCCUCAAGUAUUAGACCCUACCCGAGUCAGGAGAUCCUGAAUGGACCAGUGAAGCAGUCACUGACGCAGCCAAUGCAGCAACAAUCGCAACAGCAGCAACCGACAAACGUCCGGACCGGGAUGAGUGGUCUACUGGUGGAGCAGAAGGCAAAACCGGCGAUCUCGACGGUCGACGAUCAAGGCGUCGACGAGGUGGAUUGUGCUGCGGCAGCUUUCAAGAUGCUGCCGAAGCCGCGGUACGACAUUGCUCAAGCCCAGAUUCAGGAGGAAAUCCGGGAGGUCGAGAUGUUGAACCAGGUGGUGCAGCAGACUCUGAAUAAUGUUGGUGGAGGUGCUGUUACCAGCAAGCGCACCAAGAAGAAGAGCGUAUCGUUCUGCGAUCAGGUUAUACUGGUCGCGACCGCUGAUGAUGAUGAAGAGGAUGGUUUUAUCCCCAAUCCAAUUUUGGAGCGGGUUCUGAGGACCGCCGGCAGUGGAGGAAGUGAUUCGGAAGAUAACGUGCCGAAGAAUAAUCCGACGACGCUUUCGACCAGUAUAACCUAUCAUCCGAUCAAGGGUGGUGCUCCUACGUCUAGCAGCAAUGGACAGCAGUACUCUUUGGCUGCAGACAUGCAUAAGCAGAACAUGGAAAUUCAGCGGCAGCUACAGCAGCAGUAUUAUCCGCAGACACAGGUCUUAAGCGAGAGCUAUCAGCCCCAGCAGCAACCACAGGUUCCUCAUCAACCACAACAGUAUUCAACGAUUCCGAGUAAUGCGGCAGGUUUCAAAACGCAACAAUUCCAACAGCAGCAGCAACAAGUUUCUACACCUUCCUAUCCGGAGACUCAAACGCUGCCGAAGUCUAUGAUCUACCAAGCUCCUCCUAUGCCGCAGCAACAGUAUCUCCAGCAGAAGCAACGGAUGUACGACGACAACAGCAGUGAGCACAGCUUCGAAAUGCGAAUGGUGCCUGCUCCGACGCAGUCAGUUCCCGCACCUGUCAGUAAUGGCUACGUUCAGCAAUCGUCGCCUUACAUGACCGUCCCCUGUCCGAUCGAUCAAGGUUUCCAGACGGUAUCGGCGACCCCUACGAUGACGACCAACACCCCCGUUGGAUCAUCCAACCCGGCACUGCCCCUAGGAAUACGGCAAAAUAUCACAUCCCUGAUGCAGCACCCGAACGUAGGCUUGAUGCGGCAACAACCGCAACAACAACUACCGCAACAACAACCGCAGCAACAGCUAGCUUCUAACGUUUACCAGAAGCCUCCGAUGCCCGUCAACUAUCAACAGCACCAGCAGCAGCAGCAACAGUUACAAAACCCUUACAACCCUCCCAAUGGUAACCCUUACAAUACUUACAGCUCGCAGCCAGCCCCCAUUCAGCAGCAACAACAGCAAAUUCCCUCACCAUACCAGAGGGUUCCAAUGCCCCACUAUCAGGACUCCCCCUAUCACGAUCUUCCCCUGCCCCAAUCGCAACAAGUUCUUCCCCCACAGCAGCAACUCUAUCUUCAACCCCAACAAUACCAGCAAAAGCCUCCACAAAAGAAGGUUAGCUUCGAGCCGGGAACAAAGGGUGGAUCUGAUUGCCCCCCUUCGCCGCAACCGCUCGGCCAAAGCACGCAGCCACUCAAUGGUAGUACCAUCACGAAUGGCGUUGCUUCCACUGAGCAGCAGCAACAGCAGAUUGGCCUUCCGGUUUCGACGAGGGUUCCAAUCGCUUCCGGCGGCUACAAUGGCGCAGCCAUCGUCAAGAACGCAGCCAAGGCAGUGCAGUGCAACCUCUGCCGCAAGAAGCACUGCAUCCUGCCGGCCAUCUACUGUACCGACUGCGAGUUCUACAUGACACGGUUCCAGGCUCCAGUUCGGAGGUGAUCGUUCACGAUGGCUGCGUCCUGCUUUGUAGCUUGAAGCUGUUUUUUUUUUGAAAAAAGUGCAAAUUAGAUCGUUUAGUCUGACGAAAACAAAGUGCCUUCGGUUCGGUAUCCCUGGAAACGUGAAACCGGCUGUGCCGGUCUCUCCUAAUCCAUUGGGAACCGAUCGAUUAUUUUUCUCUGCUGCUGUGAAAGUUGCCUUAAGUUUCGAACGUUAGCGUUAUUUAUUUCCCUCACUGUAAGUUUAUUUUUCCUCUCUGCUGGUGCAAACGACAGUUUGAAACUGUCUUCUUUACGGUUUUAAGAGAAUUUCUUUUGAAAAGAAUGAAAUUUAGUAAUCCAAGUAAGCUGUUAUGUCUACGUUCAAUUUUUCGAGGGGACGAAACCAACCCCUGUUUCAAAUGUGAUAUUUAAAACUACUAUUUGAAUGACGUUUUUUUUUAAUCUAGCUGAACGUUCAUUAUAUGACAUUAGACAAUUUUAAGCUAGUACGUCCCUUAGAAUGUUAGGAAAAUUAUCAGUUAAGAGAUUUUAGUAAAAAAAAAACAAAAAACCGAACAACCAUUCCCACAAACUGCCGUCCGCAUUAAAUGUGUUCCACAACAUGAACGCAAUGCAUUUUAUUACUUUUUUCACACAAACCACAGCAAGCGAGCAGUUUCGUUCCUAGCCUUAUCGAAACUCUUGUGAAACUGUGUAAAUGUAAAUAGUAACUCCAUUUUAGUUAUCUUAAGUAAAGUGACCAAGCUCCAACUUCGUCGACAUUCCAUUAGAAUUUAAGUGCAACGAACGUAAGUCAUUGCCUGCAAUGCCGCUACUUACUUAAAUAUUUAAAGCAAGAAAGAAUCAAUGGCGAGUUUCUCGGUGCAAACCCAGAAACUCCCUAUCGAUGAUUUGCUACAACAAUCAAUGAAAAGUAUUUUAUUUACUCAACAAAACAUUUCGCCACCCCGUAAGUAUUAUAUCAAACAAAAACAAAGCUAAUCAAUCAUGCAACAAGGUGAGAUUCAGUUCUGCCAAUCUCCGUAGAUUUUUAAGGUUUCUAAUUUUAAUCAUAAACUUUACCCCAUUCAUCAUCCUUUUUCGGUUUUAAGUUGAAACUCAAGAGUAUUUAUUACGUUUUUAGUUGCCAAACAACAACAAUUAAUAUAUCGCUUUUUAAAUAUGUAUAUUUUCCUCUCUCCAAUCAUCCUCAAUCAUAAGUCCAUCCAUCAGUCAGUCGAUUGAGUUAAUCCAACUUUGCCUAUGUAUGUGUCCUAGCUAUUAGCCGAUUAACCACUUUAGUCUACUUACAUAUAUGUACGUCCUACGUUUAAGUUUUAUAACGUUGAUUUGGAAAAAAAGACAUGAAUCAUGAAAAAAAGCAAAUCAUGAAAACAAAACUCCACAUAAACGAACAAAAUAUUUGAAUAAAAUUUCUUCUUUAUUUUUCA